CGUUAGUCAAUGCAAUGAGGUGCGAGACUGCAGAUUUCCUGCUACUUUUUAUUUGAGUGUGUCUUUUACAGACGGGCACUCUUGACUGGGGGAUGGACCCUGUGGUGGUGAGCUACCAGGACAGCCUGUUGAGACGCUCUGAUGUGUCGCUGCUGGAAGGACCUUACUGGCUCAAUGACCAAGUCAUUGGUUUUGCCUUUGAAUACUUUGCUGCUGAGCGCUUCAGAGUCCUGGGGGAGACCAUCACCUUCAUCAGCCCGGAGGUCACCCAGUACAUAAAGUGUGCUUCCUGCCCCAAUGAGUUAGCAAUAUUUCUGGAGCCGCUAAAUCUUGCUUCUCGUCAUUGGGUCUUCCUGGCCGUUAACGACAACUCCAACCAGACCGCCGGAGGAUCCCACUGGAGUCUCCUGGUCUACCACCACAACUCCAACCACUUUGCACAUUAUGACUCUCAAAAGGGCAGCAAUUCAACACACGCACAGCGCAUCGCCCGCAAUCUAGAGCCUUUCUUGGGUGCAGGGAGAAAAGCGCAGUUUGUGGAGGAGCCCUGUCCAUCCCAGAAGAACAGCUAUGACUGUGGCAUGUACGUUAUCUGUAUAGCAGAGGCCUUGUGUGAAAAGGCGAGAGUGGAGGGCUCGCCACGCCUUCCUGUGCAAAUCAUCACCCCGGCCUACAUCACUCAGAAGAGGGUGGAGUGGUGCAGACUGAUCCAGAGUCUGGCUCAGAAUGACCUCUGCUGCGCUCUUUCCUUUCCUUAGCCUGGCAACUUGCCCUCACUAUAUGAAGAACAGCCUCUCUACAUAUCUACUGCUGGAGCAACUGAAUGCACUCCUACAAUACAGUAUAAAACUACAUAUGAAGUAUAUUUCUAUUAGACUCUCUAUAAUACCCCAUAAAAGAAAAAAAUAACGUAAUGUUACAAAUCUUGGUGUCAUGUUUAUGCCUUGUAUAUGCACAGCGACAUACAAUAUGUGGACCUGAACACCAGCAUGCCUAUAAGGAAAUGUACUUCCAUCUACAUUUUUACUAAGAAUGGAUGUCAAAUCAUUUUCUUUACUCUGUUGUAUUAGCUUGCAGCGAAUGUAGAAAUGUUUACACUGAUUAUUGCUCAGGGUCAUUUUAAAUGAAAUUGAUGAUAAGAAUGUGAAUCUUAACCUUGGCUCCUACUUUAUGUUACAUGCACAUUUGGUUUCUCAGUUUGCCUACAACAACAAACUUUUAGUUUUGAAACAUUUUUAGGAAAAUUGCUGUAUGAGGGUGAGACGUGCCUGGGUGCUCUGACUGUUUAUGGGACAAAGGACAAUUUUGAUUGGUGGAAUGUAUUAUAUUAUGUUCUCACAAAAAGCAAGUGUCAAAUUCACUGUCUGCUGGUCUAAUAAAGUUGGUGUCACAUUUUUGAUGACAAAACUGUUAA